GUGUGUGUGUGUGUGUGUGUGUGUGUGUGUGUCAGUGUCAUGGCGGGUUCUCUUUGUGCCCAUAUUUUUUUCUGCUGCUGGAUGUCUGACUGCAUUAUGUUUUGUAUUGUCUGGUGAUAAUGUGAACAGAUGCAGCGUAACGACGGUGAGGAGAAUACAGCAGAGGGGGUGCAGCAGUAUGCCUCCUGUCUUUGGUUUAAGGGAUCGUUAGGAUUUUAUCCAUACUAGUUCUCUUAUCGAUACAGCUCAUCCAUACUCCUAUCGGUUCUUUUUGAUCAUUUUGUGACAAUUAAUAACAAAUCGGUUUAUUCAUAUGUAAACAGUCAUUCUUGAGCAGCAAGGUUUAAAUAAGUCAAUAUUGUAGACUAUACCAUUUCAAUGCCAACAACAAAUGUAAGUAAAUCAACAAAUAUAUAAAAUAAACACUAUUCUUUGCAGCAAAGGGCUAAAUAAAGUUCAACCACACAGCUGCACCCCUUAUUAAUAACUAUGUAUUAAACAAUUCAGUAUAUACUGACAGACGUAUUGGUUACCUAAAUCCCUUUGACUCCACUGUACAGAAGAGGUGCAGAUCUGACACUCGUCUACUCUCUCCUGUGUCUUCUCUGUAGCUGCUAGCGUGGGACUGGCGCUGGUAGAGAGGGGGGGCGUGCUGGGUCAUGGCUGCAGCCUAAAUGUUGUGAUAAAUUGCUGCUAUUACCCGUCUUACCUGUGAGGGUCACAGCGAUCUUCUGGUUUCUCUGUAAGAGAGCAUCAGUAUUUGUUGCUUUUUUUUUCUGACGUCACAGGAAAGGGGUUUGUUAUUUGCAAGAAUAUUUACAAAUCUGUACACGCAACAACAAUCCCUCUCAAUCGUCACUUCUGACCCACUAGAAGCGUGUGUCUGUAUCAGUCUUUUCUUCUUAUUUUGCUGUGUUCUGGACUCUUCUGGGUGUCAGCGACGAGCAUUUGGAGCCCACGUGGGGGUGUAACCUCCAGUUAAUAAGCAGGGUGUGCAUCCCAUUGUCAUUACUAUGUCGAGCACCGCCGAUUUGUCCCGCCCCUGUGCUCACCGAGGCUCUACGCAUGUGGCCCUCUCUUGCAUAUGGUAACGCACGGGUUGUUGCAUCGCUGCGUGUUUUCAUGUGCUUCUGUCUGUAUUUGUUUCCUCUAGGGAUGCACCGAUACCACCUUUUUUUUUUUUUCAGUCCUUACAUUUGAGUACUUCAGAUUCAGAGUACCCAUAUGAGUACUUACAAAUACCAUUAGACGUAUGACUUUGAAAAGGGGCACAAAACUGUAGACAAGAGCACUACGUUCUUCAUAGAUCUAGCAUCUUAAUGUUGUUCUCAAAGUGCACCACAUCGAUUCAUUUUACUUUAAAAUAUACAACAAUUUCUUCGCCCCCGUGGAGGGUCUGAGGUUCACCCACCAUACAAAAUGUGAUAGCUAGCCUGUAUGCGCUAAGCUAGCUAUCGCUUUAUCUUCUGCUGACAGAUUCUGGCUCACAGUGAUAUUAUGGUUUCACUUGGGCUUCUGUUCCUGGCUAGCUCAGGUGUGUGUGUGUGUGUGUGUGUGUGUGUGUGUGUGUGUGUGUGUGUGUGAGAGACACAGAUACUGAGUCUGCAAAAGGAUGGACCAAAGGAGGGGUGAACAUUUUGUACAGCUGGAAUGAUUCUAUAAAUUAAAAGGUAACAUUUUAAUCAUCGCGAUGGAUAUCGAUUGAAGAAAUAGAUCACAUUGUUUUGAUCUGCAACUUGUGGCUUUUGGAUAAUUUUGCUAAUGUCCGAACUCUGUGAUAACAAACACACUACACUCCCAAGGUUUUACAAUUCAGCGCUGAGAAUUGUGAUUGAAUGUGAUAAUUACACCUAUUACACUGUGGCAAACUGUGAGAGGGGAAGUCAAUAGAAGGGCAGAAAGAAAAGAAAAGAAAGUGAGGUGUGGUCUCAGUGAGGGCAGCUGCUGGUGCAGCCUCCAGCCAGACUAGGCUGAAAUAUGAGACUUGCCCAACCUCAGAGCCGGGCGGAGGGAGGAAUGAGAGAAUGUCCACCGUGGAGAAAGAAGAAGAGAAAAUCUGCUGGUUCGGGGCAGAGCAUGCACACAGGAAAGUGAGGGGCAGACAGAGGAAGAGGCACUGACAUGACAGAUCAAAUGUAGCGGGGCAAAUAAAAACGAGUACGAAUGGAGUCGUGGUCUGUGUGAAGGAAAUAGGUUGUGGAGAAGAAAGGGGUUGUGUGUUUGGUUGGAGCUGCCGAGAGAGAAAGGGGAAGGCUGUGAGUGAGCAUGCUCUGAUUGGACUAAACGUUGGAUGCUGGCUUGGCUUCUCUCUCCGUCUUUGCACAGAAACACACCCAGCAGCAGUGACACCUACCGCACUCCAGGGGACAGACAGAACAUGGCUUGAAUAAAAGAAAAAAGUCAGAGGGAGAGUUACUUUGUUUGGGACUUUCCCUCCUUUUUCUUCUCUCAUGAGCUACAGCCCUCUCUUCUUCCACCGGAGAGAGAGAGCAGGGCUUUGUUUUCCAAAUCGGCAAAGGAUUGUUCUUCCAGCAACUCUUUUACACCCUAUAAUGUUUUCAUAGAAACCAGACCCCUUCUUUUGCCAUGGGAAUUGUGCUUCAGUGCUUUAAACAGUGACUUUUGGAAGAGGAUGUACCAUUCUGAAGCAGCAUUGGCGCAGCGCCAAACGGACCCCGACGAUCCGGCACUGGGAAAACCAAUGCUGGAACUUUUGUAAAAAAGGGUCGUUGUCUGGUGUUGGAGACGAUCUACAGUGACUUGGCUAAACCCCAUCUGAUGUUGUCUUUAGUCCCUAGUGGCUGAUUGGGAGUGGCAGGUUGAACACACGCUGACCUGCUUGGUGUUCCUUCUUAUUGUGGCAUUCAGUUCGGCCUGAUCGGCAGGUCAGACAUAGACACUGCUGCUGUGGUGUCCUCCUCCCAUUAUUUUUUUUUUUUUUCAGGGUAUCAAGCAUCUCGGCUUAUCCUUGUCCGGACACGGCCCUCGUUCCCUGGACCCUCAUGAGCUUAUGCUUCCUAAAUGCGGGAGCGGGGGGGAGAAAUGUGAUCGUCUGUUUUGUGGUGUGCUCUGGGCAGCUGCAACAGUGCGGUUUCCAUGGAAAAGGCCAGAGAAAUAUGGCGACGAGGGGCUGCGUGAGCGCUCUACCUCUAUGUCUCUGGUCCAAGUGAAACCCAAGCCAGCCAGCGUAUCACUGCAAGCUCCGCCCUGGAAUUCCUGGUUCAGACUCUUCUCAUGUGUCUCCACAAGGAGCGUGCACGGGACUAAAGAGGUCCCCACAUUUCAAGAGAAGACGAAAGCCUUAUUUGGAAAUCUUAUGGACGAAGAAAUGAGUCGCCAGACUGCCACCGCGCUGCCCACCGGAACCUCCAAGUGCCCCCCCUCCCAGCGCGUGCCCACCCUGUCGGGCACCACCGCCUCCAACAGCGACCUGGCCAGCCUGUUUGAGUGCCCCGUCUGCUUCGACUAUGUCCUACCCCCCAUCCUGCAGUGCCAGUCUGGGCACCUGGUAUGCUCCAACUGCCGGCCCAAGCUCACCUGCUGCCCCACCUGCCGAGGCCCCCUGGGCUCCAUCAGGAACCUCGCCAUGGAAAAGGUGGCCAACUCUGUCCUCUUCCCCUGCAAGUACGCCUCGUCGGGCUGCGAAGUCACCCUGCCCCACACCGACAAGACGGAGCACGAAGAGCUGUGCGAGUUCCGGCCGUACUCCUGCCCCUGCCCCGGCGCCUCCUGCAAGUGGCAGGGCUCCCUGGACGCCGUCAUGCCUCACCUGAUGCACCAGCACAAGUCCAUCACCACACUGCAGGGGGAGGACAUUGUGUUCCUGGCCACGGACAUCAACCUGCCGGGCGCGGUGGACUGGGUGAUGAUGCAGUCGUGCUUCGGCUUCCAUUUCAUGCUCGUGCUGGAGAAGCAGGAGAAGUACGACGGCCACCAGCAGUUCUUCGCCAUCGUGCAGCUCAUCGGGACCCGCAAGCAGGCCGAGAACUUUGCCUACCGGCUGGAGCUCAACGGGCACCGGCGCCGCCUGACCUGGGAGGCCACGCCGCGCUCCAUCCACGAGGGCAUCGCCACGGCCAUCAUGAACAGCGACUGCCUGGUGUUCGACACGUCCAUCGCACAGCUGUUCGCGGAGAACGGCAACCUGGGCAUCAACGUCACCAUCUCCAUGUGCUAAAGAGCCUCCAAGAGAAGAGGGUCAAAAAAGUUACGGAUUGUCAGGGGGCAUUUUUGUUUUUAACGGGGUCAAAUCGGUUGUGACCUCACAGUGCCCCCCCUCUUCCCCUCCCCCCCUCUCUCCUCUCUGCCUCACCCCUUGAGACGUGGAACUGGACUGUCUGAUCGGGCAGCCGUGGAUGCCCUGGGGGUGGGGAUGGAUGAAUGGAUGAAUGGAGUGCAGGAAUGGAUAAACACAUGGACAUAACUGUGUAGCGACGGCUAUAGACUUCGACACACACACACACACACACACACACACACACACACACACACACACACACGAACAUAUAUACAUGUGAGACUCAUGCACGCACAUGCGAUCUCGCCCUCUCUUGGUCAUGAAAACACGGACACAAACUGAAAGGCUGUUCAGACAAACUCGUCUCUUCAAGUGAUUUCCCACCACUCUUAUUUUCGUGUCUCUCUUUCGUCUCGUCCCUCAGUCAUCCUCCGAUAUUUCAGACACUGCGGCUCUGCCCUGACAGCUACACACUGGGGAAGCCUCAAGCUAUUAUUUCAACACAGACUCCCGGUCAGUGCUGGCCCCCCCCCAUUUCCUAUGGUUUGCAAUCCACCUCAGAACCCCUCCGACCUGCGGGAUGGACCGGGUGACAACGUGGCUGUGGCUGGGUUUCACCCCGGUGGGUGUCUUCACAUUUAAGCUAGCUCAGACUGGAACCCAGUGCCCAUGAAGCGCCUCAUCGCAGAUUCUGGUGUUUAUCGUCACCUGUGACUGACGUGGCUUAUCGAUGGCUGGGUAUGGAACGGCCACCCACAGACAU